CCAUAAAAUGCUUAAAUAAUCACACAUUGCGUGUUUUCUGUUCGUUUUUCUUUUCAUGCCAAAUUUUGGUUAGAGACGUGAAUAUAUUUGCUGGUGCUAUGAAUUCGUUUCUUUGUCAUUCAUACCUCUCUAAAGCUUUGAUAUCAGAUAACCUAACUGAUCUGCUCUCUGCAACUUAAAACUCAGAUUAUCAUAAACACGAAAGCAUGUCAUGAUAAAUGUUUGUCAUCUUUACGUAGUCAUUUAUAUCGCCGAAUUUUUUCCGUCCACAAAGUUUAUUUCUUAGUUUGCCGGGACAUGAUCUGUACUCGAUACACCGGCCACAAUGCAGACCUGCCCUUUUCGCAGAAAUGCGUGGUAUUGCCGUCCCAACAAUCAGGAAAAUCGUGCACGUAAAAAGCUUGGUAGGGAAAGUUUUGACAAGAAAUGGCAACAAGCAAGUCAUGUGCCAUUUGAGAUGGCCGACUUUUUUUAUCCUCUUAUAACAUAUUCUGCCAGAAGAAAUUUCGUGCAGUAUUCAAUUUCCUUCUCAUUUUCCCAUUUUUCAGUUACCCAAAUUUCUAAAUUACAAGUAGGAGAGGAUGCAAUGUCAAUGUGGACCUCAACGUCCGCUCUCGACACGACACGUGGACAGAAGUUAUGUCCUAACUCCCAAAUAUAAACGAAAGAGGGGUUAAAAUUACGAUAAGUUAUUGCUUCAUAUUCUGAUAGAUCGUUGAUUCAACCUACCUGAAAAAAAAUAUCAUGGUAACAAUAAAUAAAUAAAAAGAGAGAAGAUAACCAAACAAUGAAACUGAUAAGCUUGUGGAUGGGGGAAGCCCUAAAGAGAGAAAUGUGGUAGCCUGUCUUAAAGAGAAGGACGUGAGUCCCCGUUGAACCAUGUUUGAAGGGCGUCAGAGGUCAAAUCCCCCUAGGACUUUGGAGACCGUUGGACUGGGGAGGGACUUGGGUUGGUUUUUACAGGUAAUUUUACAGUUGGACCCUCUGGAGGUCACGGAUAAACCAAGUUGUCAAGAGUGAGAAAAUAGGGGCUUGGUGGUAAUUCUCCAAACUGUCAUACAGCGCAAAGACUCCCCCCCUAAGCGGGCGGCUUUAAUUUUCCUAACUUGGCCAACGCUUUUGCUAUCUUUGGCAGUCUUGCAUUUCUCCUGACCAGUAUAUAAACAAAGGUCUUGGCUUUGUGUAAGUUAUACUAUCAUCGUCGUCCCUUUUUUCUGCCAUUGUUGAGUUUCAAGAGAGAGAGAGAGAGAGAAUGACACAAUCGUUGAAGGAAGCUGAAGAGGCGAGGCAGAAGCAGAAGCAGAUUGAUGAUUGGCUUCCGGUCACUUCUGCUAGGAAUGCCAAAUGGUGGUACUCAGCUUUCCACAAUGUCACUGCCAUGGUUGGGGCUGGUGUCCUCAGCCUUCCCUAUGCCAUGGCUGAGCUUGGAUGGGGUCCUGGUAUUGCUGUCAUGCUUCUGUCAUGGAUCAUCACCCUAUACACACUAUGGCAAAUGGUUGAGAUGCAUGAAAUGGUGCCGGGGAAGCGGUUCGAUCGGUACCACGAGCUGGGACAGCAUGCCUUUGGGGAAAAGCUGGGGCUCUGGGUCGUUGUGCCCCAACAGCUAAUUGUGGAAGUUGGUGUCAAUAUUGUCUAUAUGGUCACAGGAGGAAAAUCAUUGAAGAAGGUCCAUGAUGUGAUUUGCCCUAGCUGCAAAGACAUCAAACUCACCUUAUGGAUUUUAAUUUUUGCUUCUGCCCACUUUGUUCUCUCCCAUCUCCCCAACUUAAACUCCGUCUCUGGUAUCUCGCUUGCUGCCGCAGUCAUGUCCUUGAGUUACUCAACGAUUGCGUGGGGAGCUGCUAUUCACAAGGGGAAGGUACCGAACGUGGACUACAGCUACAAAGCUAAAUCCAAUGUCGGAGCUGUCUUCAACUUCUUUAGUGGGUUGGGAGACAUAGCAUUUGCCUACGCUGGCCACAAUGUCGUUUUGGAGAUCCAAGCAACGAUUCCUUCCACACCCGAGAAGCCUUCCAAGGGACCAAUGUGGAAAGGAGUUAUUGUGGCAUACAUUGUGGUGGCUUUGUGCUACUUCCCUGUUUGUUUUGUUGGCUACUAUAUGUACGGAAACUCUGUUGAAGACAACAUCCUCAUCUCACUCGAAAAACCUGUCUGGUUAAUUGCAGCAGCUAACAUGUUUGUUGUGAUCCAUGUCAUUGGAAGCUACCAAGUUUUCGCAAUGGGAGUUUUUGACAUGGUUGAAACUUUUCUGGUCAAGAAAAUGAACUUCCCACCUUCUUUCACCCUUCGCUUUAUUACUCGCACGAUAUAUGUUGCAAUUACCAUGGUCAUUGGUAUGGCCAUCCCUUUCUUUGGUGGCCUUCUCGGAUUCUUUGGAGGAUUUGCUUUCGCCCCAACCACAUACUUCCUUCCCUGCAUCAUGUGGCUCGCCAUCUACAAACCGAGACGUUUCAGUCUAUCUUGGUGCAUAAACUGGACCUGCAUUAUACUGGGAGUUACCUUGAUGAUUCUAGCACCCAUCGGUGCCCUACGGAGUAUCAUCUUGCAAUCGAAAACCUACACAUUCUUCUCUUAAAUUGCCAGUUUUACAUGCAACAAACAUUCAUCUCUCCUCAUAUUUAAAGCUCAAACCUAGACAGAUAUGAUCGUUGUUGCUUGACCAUCAAGGCAAACCCUUCGGCGUUUGUAGAUUAAUUGACUUCUGGUACCCUCCGACGGCCACGAUGGGAUUUGAGACAAGAGCGACCUCCUCUUUGAUUAGAGUUCUUGCACACUGAUCAUGUCCAACAGUAUUGUUUAAUUCGUUAGUCAUUUAUGUAAACACAAUGCUAAUGAUAAAAGAAAAGGGAUUAGAUUACUUGAUCUGCAAGCAUUGCAGAAUAAUGAAUAUGCAGCAGGAGAAGUUAUGUGUAGAAAUAUGACUCUUGUAUUAAUAUGGGUCAACUAUUACAAUAUACAGGGCUACAUAAAUCCCUAUUUAGGUAGGAAUCCUACACUAAUCACGGUGGGAAAUUAUAUUUCUAUAAUGAGUAAUGUUGCACUUACCAUUUAUUUGUAUAAUCAUAUUAUAUUAGUGAUGUAAGGUUUUUAAUUGUUUGUGCGGUUUUUA